UUGUUCUAGAAUAUACACCGUAUAGUACGGCCCGUAUUGAACCGGCCUCGGAAGGGGUAGUAAGUACGGAGUAAUGCUGAAAGAUUGAUAAGAUGUUCUAGCGAUCGGUACUCUGCUCUGAUUGGCCGAGUGGUGCCCACGCAGCCCGCCUCAACCCCCUUUUCGGCAGGACCAACCUCCGGCUCGCAUGACAGGAUCCAGAAGAACAAAAUAUCCCAACCAACCAACGCCAACCACUACUACUGUUCCUUUUGACAACCAUCAAACCUCCUUCCUCCAACCGCCUCCACCACCAUCACCACCAUCACUACCACCACUACCAUCACUACCAUCACCACCAUCACUACCACCAACUACCAUCAACUACCAACUCUCCUUUACACUCAUCCAGCCAUCAAUUGCUGCCAGCGUCCUCUCCUUGACCUCCCAAAUCUCUCCCUGGCCACUUCCGUCAACCAACCCCUUCGCGCCGGUUCGCACAUUAUCCCUUCCGACUUGCAACGGGCAAAACAACUCCCAUUGAUCUGCCUCGCAGAGGCCUACGUCUUGUAAAUAUAUAUAUAUAUAUACACAUAUAUAUAAAAGGAAGAAGAAAACACGAGAUUCGGAUAUUGAUUAAACACGACAGCCAUGGACGUCAUUCUCGAGGUCCUCGAUACCUUCAUUUUUGACUACUUCUACGCGAAGUUUGCCCCCGCCAAAGAUGCUGCUGCCAUCGUCUCCAGCUUCAGCGGCAGCCUCAAUGCAACCAAGUACGAAUUCGUAGGCGCUGGCGGAUACGUAUAUCAACCGACUAGUAGCUAUUUCAAGCUACAACCCUCGAUAUACGCAUAUACAUCUUCGCUCCCCAGAGAUAAUCUGUGGAGGCAGCUGUUAACCCUCUAUCUCAUCACCUGGAUCUUCGGACUCCUCGUCUACUUCAUCUUCGCUACGCUCUCCUACGUCUUCAUCUUUGACAAAUCAACCUUCAACCACCCCAAGUAUCUCAAAAACCAAAUCCGCAUGGAAAUCAAACAAGCCUCCAUCUCCCUUCCCAUCAUGGCUAUCUUAACCGCCCCUAUCUUCCUCCUCGAAGUCCGCGGUUACGCAAAAAUGUACGACAGCUUCGAAGACGCCCCCUUCGCGCUCUACAACUACCUUCAAAUCCCCUUCUUCCUCCUCUUCACCGACUUCCUCAUCUACUGGAUCCACCGCGGCCUCCACCACCCGCUCGUCUACAAACACCUACACAAGCCCCACCAUAAAUGGAUCAUGCCAACCCCGUAUGCGUCGCACGCCUUCCACCCUAUCGAUGGCUACGCCCAAGGCAUCCCUUACCACCUCUAUCCUUUCCUCUUCCCCCUGCAGAAAUUCGCCUACGUCUUCUUCUUCAUCUUCAUCAACAUCUGGACCGUCCUGAUCCACGACGGCGAGUAUGUUGCCAACUCACCCAUCAUCAACGGCGCCGCCUGCCACACCAUGCACCACCUGUAUUUCAACUUCAACUAUGGCCAGUUCACAACCAUCUGGGAUCGACUGGGUGGCAGCUAUCGGAAGCCCAAUAUCGAGCUUUUCCAUAAGGAAACGAAGAUGGCCAAGGAGGAGUGGGAGAGGCAGGUUAAGGAGAUGGAAUCCCGCGUUCAGGCUGUCGAGGGUGGGGAUGACCGUACAUAUGUGACGGAUGUGGAUGUGAAGGAAUCGAAGAAGACGCGGUAAGAUCCUAGGGGGCGGGGGUUAAAGGACAUGUGAACAACACCUAUUUAACGAUACGUGAAAAACUACGGUUUUUCUUUUGCAUUUUCCCCAAAUUUUGUGCCUUGUUCUUUUUUUGUUCCUUCAUCUUUUUUUAAGACCUCUUUUACGCAUUGUUCCCCAACGAAAGUUUUAAAAAAACGUAAUAUUAAUAAUUAUUAAGGAGCAUGGGGCGGGAAAUAGAUGAAAGAGCGCGUCGCCCCAUGUUUCUAUUUCUAUUUCUAUCUUUCUUUCUUUCUUUCUUUUUUUAAUACACUUCUAUUUAUCUUUUUUUCCAAAUUUUUGUAUCCCUUUUCUACCACUUCUUGUCCUGUUUUAUAUUGCAUUUCUUGCCAAUAGUGCAAAGAAGAAAAACGGGGGCAUACGCAAACGUGCACAUCUUGUACAUACAUACCACAUCAUUAUCAUGAUCAUUGUCGGAUCAGAUUAGGUCAGAUCCUCAAAAUCACUUGUUGAAAAUAGUUUAAUCUGAUACUAUAAAGAAUCAAAGUUAAAUUUUUAAAAAAAAAGAGAAAGAGAGAGAGAGAGAGAAAAUAGCAAAACAAUCCCGAAUUCUCUCAGGGUGAGCUUUUUCGCUCCUCCCUUUAGUGGGAAGGGAGGAUUUGAAAAUGAACUAAAGGAGAAGAAGAGUUCCCCCGUAUUAUCUCGCUUUUUCUGAUUUCUCAACUUCGCCCAUGGGCAGCCAGCCGGGCGGGCCAGAUGUUGAUCGUGGACCGGCUUGCUGCUAUGGCUACGUACGUUCGUCCUCUCCUCCCUUUCCGCUGAAAUCAAAACUGGAUGAAGAUUGGAAUUGGGAAUUGGGAAAAAACAUCAGGCUGAGCAAAGCAAAGAGUGGAGAGGGAUGGGAAGGAUUAUUGUUGUGUAUACAAGGAAUUUGACUCGUUAUACAUUUUUGUUUUCUCUCUCUCCCUCCCUUUCUGUUCCCUUUUUGGAAACAGCUAUUGUGCCGAAAUUGCUGGGAUAGGGGAGGAAAUCAAGAAAACGGGAGGAACAAUAAACAAAAAACCUCAAGGGAGGCGCCCGCGCUGCCUGGAGGGAAGGGGAGAGAAAAGAGAGAGAUGCCACAAUCCAUAAUCAGCAAACGAAUUUUUUUACUAGUCAGUCGGAAUAUUAUCACAAAGCACACGACAGAAACAGACUGCAUCCACAAAACUAGUAUUUUAUACUUGCUUGCAUACAACCAACCUCUGGAAAGAAAAACGAUAAAAAAACAAUCAAAGAAGCUAAAAAAAGUGGUUCUUACCCCCCGUUAUCACUAUCAUUUAGGCCCUCACGCAUCGUCCUCACCUUCAACUUACUCCCUCACCUAUUCAUAUAUCAGCCAUGUCAACAUUAUCCGCGGCACCCUCUGUUGUCACUGGUUCUGCCCCAGUCUCAGCCGGUUGCUGCUGCACAGGCGGCAUCGUCCCAACAGGAACAGCCCUAGCCAUCGCUUCCGCGAUAAACGCCUCCUCAACGGCUCGUAGCCGCUUGAAAACCCUCAACCACCUCCUAGCCCAUUCCCUAAUAAGCCCCUUCUCCUCCACCACCCCCUCGCCAACAUCUUCCAUCCCACUCCCACUCCCACUCCCACUCUCAUUCGACCCAUUAAUAACCCCCUCAAGCGCCCCCUCAAUAACCUCAAACAUAACCUGCACAUCCCCCCUCUCCCUCCUCAACGUCUCAUCAAUAACCGACAGCUGCGGCUCCACAAUACCCGCCUGCACCCUCGCCGCAACAAUCUGGCGAAUCCGAUUCGUCACCUUCCCCAUCGUCGCCGCAACCAUCUCAUACACAUGCGCCUUCGCCAGCGCCGCCCCGCCCUCAAUGUGAUCGACAAGCGCCCACUCGACGACCGACAGUGGCGUCAGGAUCGUGUAGUUGAGCAGCUUGUCGAUGAUGUUCACGCCGAUGCCCGGCUGGUCGGCCCAGUAGGAGAGGACCGAGGUGAUAAUUUGGCGCCGGGCGGCAGGGGACUUGGGGCCAAUGGCCAGGAGCCGUUCUUUGCUGCGCUCGAUGCAGGAAAGCACGUGUGACAGGGAUUUGGAGCCGACGUAGCAGAUCGAGGUGACGAAGGCGUCUGUCGACGGGAUAAGGGGGUCCGCGAUGUCCGGUUGGCUGGCGGCAGCGUGUUGGAUGGCGAGGAUGUGUGGCUCGAUUUCGGUCUCCGGGGCCUUUUUGCGGAUCAAUUGCAUGAUUUCCUGAGCUUCGGUGGCGAAAGGGGUUGCUGUAUCGUUGUCAGAAAAUGUGUUUAUUUUCUCGAGGGUUACGUGCGUGACAGAAACUUACUUUCAAGCGCAUAUUUGAACUCCGGUGUAUCUUUCUCUUUCCCUUCGGAUAUCAACGCCUGGUAUGGUUCUGGCAAGGUGCCCUUGAUUCGCUGCGCAAAGCUUAGACGGAUCUCCUUAUCCAGUGCGCCGCAGAUAAAUGCUUUCUUGGGGUGAACGGCUGGCAGUUCAACGUCGUCAACCCUGUGUACAAUGUCAGCAAGCUGUAGAGAGUGUUCAUCUUCCUUCUAUCAGCAAAAAGGCUGGAGAGGGAUCCUACCACUCCGUCCACUUCCACGUAAAGCCAAAAUUACUCAAAUGAUGCGCAAACCAAUCCAAAAACCUAUACGACAGCGUGAGAUCCAUCCUCUCCACAUUCUUAUACAAAUAACGAAUCGCCCUCCCCAGACUCGGCGCAAUGGCCGCAGGCGCAAUCUUGCACGCCUCCGUGAGCACAGAGUGGUAGUAGACCAGCUUAUGCUGCGGCGUAGGGAGCUGAAAGAGCAACGAGAACACCGCGUCAACAGCGACAUCUUCGGGCUUCCAGGUCGAGCGAUCAGCGGUACCCGCCGCAACAGCGUCGCGGAUCUUGUCGAAGGGGGUGGCGCGCUUGAUGAAGGUCUUGGGCGCGAAAUAACAAUCGACGUCAAUGAGGAAUUUGGCGGUGGCGAUGCGGUUAAAGUCGAGCAUGUCGAUUGUGUCGGUGAGGGAAUCGCGGAGUAAAGAGGCGGCAAUGUCAGUGGUUGGCGGGACGGUUUCUAGGUCCUGGUCGAAGUAGACGGAGAAGUAGACGUCUGGGAAGAUAGAUUUGGGCCCGUUGGGGACUGGGUUGGGCACAGUGAUUGUGGGGAAUACGUGCUUGGUGGCAUUCUUGAGGGGGUCUUCGGGUUCCUUUUCUUCUUUCUCUUCUUUCGUCUCCCCUGCUUUUUCUUCGUUCCCUUCGGGCAUUGCUUCUGGUUUGGUCGUUGGCAUCAGCCCCGUCCAGGGGCGUGGUAUGCAUACGGGAAGGGGUCAACCAGUGCCUCCAAAGUAUGUGGCGUUGAGGCGAUGAUGUCCGUUUUCUCCAAAAGGGCGGCAGCCUGUGUUUCAAAGCCAGAAGCAGAUGACGACAUGACAUAAGGGAUUGUGAAAAGGAUGAUCUUUACAAGUUCCAAGCCCAGUGACUACAAUAUAAAUAAAUAGAUAAAUCAGCAUGAACCGCUCAAAUUAAAAACCACAAAAAAAAACAUGUAUACAGGGAAGCAAAGAAAAUGAAGAAAAUAACUUACAUCCUCAGAAGAAGCCGUCUGCAAAUCGACAGCGCGAGAAAACAGCUCCUCCAGUACCGGAAAGAUGCCUUCGCCCUCGAACAGGCCCUGCAAGCAGGCCAAAAACCGCAGCAUGAGCUUGACAUUGCGCCAGUUACCCGCCUCAAUAUGUGACUGGGCAAUUUCCC